AUGAAGCUCUUAUCAACCGCCGCUACAUUCCUCCUCUGCGUCGCCCCCUUCUCUACCGCCCGGUCUUUGGACUUCUUCAACUCUCAAACUCCCAUCCAAGCAGAGAAUGAGGCUGUGAAAGGCGAUAACCCACUCGAGUACUGCAAUGAUCCUUCAAGCUAUCUUUUGCAAAUAGAUCAUGUCGACUUAACGCCCAAUCCUCCUUUGCCUGGAAAGACUCUCAUCAUCCAAGCCACGGGUACCCUGAAUGAGAAGAUUGAAGAGGGCGCUUAUGUGAAUCUGGAGGUCAAAUAUGGCUUGAUUACUUUGGUCAAGCAGACGGCCGACCUGUGCGAGCAGAUCGUCAAUGUUGACCUCGAAUGCCCUCUGGAGAAGGGCGAGAUGACCUUGACUAAACAAGUUGAGCUGCCCAGACAGAUCCCUCCGGUACGUGAUUCCCUAUGGUACAUCACUAUCGAUGUCGAAAUUAACCAGGUCAUGAUCAAUCAACAGGGCAAGUACACUGUGCAUGCCGACGUUUACACCAAAGACGAUAAGCAUGUUACCUGCCUUCAGGCCCGUAACAUCGAGUUCAAGGCUGGCUUUAUGUGA